GCCUUCGACCACUCAGUGCGCCUGAGCAGUCACACAGCGCGCACGCACGCUAGCUCUCACGAAAAUACUCACAUCGAUAUUAAACACGAUAUACAAGACGAUUCAAAUACAUCUCAAGAUAAAGAAAAUGAAAUAAAAGUCUACCAAGGAUUUGAAGCUGGAAAUUUUCAAAAGGACAAUAUUCAAACAGUGAUUACAGAACUAUUCACAAUCGUGGAAACAGAUAUUGUGAAUUUAUUUAAAUAGUGGAUCACACAAAAUAGUUCGCGGACAAGAUAAAAUAAUUGUGAACAUUUCUCAGUGAUUUAGCGAACAUUGUGAAUUUUAUUCGCGAAUAAAUAUAAAUAAAGUGGUAGUGUGGACAGUGAAGUGAGAAAAUUUGAUAGGAAUAAAAGUUGCUGAAGUUUGGUGCAACAUUAUGAAAGUCCUGACCGUAUCUGAUAAGGUCGCGAGUGUAGGAGAUGGAAACGAACCGACUGUGGUCGACACGCAGAUCCUGACUAAGGAGGAACUUAACAAAGGAUGUCCUCUUGGUGUUUCUCGUGUCACCCCAUAUCUGUACGUGUGUGGAGCUCAUGCAUUGCCGGGAGCAGUGAGAGUGCUGCAUCCUGGUCUCAUCGUCAGUGCAGCUCCUGAGCUGCCGCCCCCUCCUGAAGACUAUGUUCCCAGGAAGUUUGUGCCUCUACUCGACACACCUAACUCCGAUAUGCACCCCUACAUGGAGAGUGUAGCUGACCUGAUUAAUGAGGUCAUCUGCAAUGGGGACGUGGUGCUGGUUCAUUGCGUUGCUGGCAUAUCUAGAUCAGUUACUCUCUGCUUGGCGUACCUCGUGAAAUGGCAGAAGAUGACCUUGAGGGACGCCUAUUAUCAUAUGAAGCAAAGACGACCACAAAUCCGACCCAACACGGGUUUCUUCAAGCAGCUCAUCAAGUUCGAAGAGAGGCUUUUUGGGGAACCAUCGGUGAAGAUGGUUUACUGCGAAGCUAUUGAUAAGGAGAUCCCUGAUGUAUACGAGGCUGAUUAUAUCGGCAUGACUUGGUUCAGGCAGAGAUACGGACCCAUCGAGAAGAGCUGAAGAGUGACAGAGAUGUCGUUUAUAUUAGAAAAGGAUAGCUGUGAUGAUUACUUUGUGCGAAGAUGAAAGAAAGGGAAAGGUAAGAGACGAUGAAUGACUAUAAAUAUAAGACUGAGUGGAUGAAUGAUUUGGGGAAUGAAUGAAAGAGAUUCAGUUCCGAUAUUAUAAAUGAUGGGUGUUAUAAUGUAUAAUUGAAACUGUGAGUAAUGUAUAAAAAGGUGAACAUUAAGGUGUGAAAGAAUUUUCUAGAUAAAAUAGAAAUUUACAUGUAUUGUUCAUACUUUUGUAUUUUAUUGUAAAUUAUUAUUGGCUGAUAACGUAAGCAUGCACUUUACGUAUGUAUUUACUUUAUGUGUAAGCAAUGUGAUAAUUAACUUAUUGUUAUAAAUUAACCAUAAGGUAUUCGUUUACCAUUGAAUUGUAUAAGAUGGGACCAAAAUAAAUAUGUGGAUAAUUUUUA